ACACCCACUUUUGCGAAUUGCGACUGUAUCACGUAUUUUUCAUCACUUUUAGUUCUUCGUCGGGAACAGCCUACUACCCUCAGUCUGUACUGAUUAAGCAAAAGUCAUGCAUUCUAAAAGAAUGAUAUACUUAUUGUUAAUUUGCAUCUGUUCAGGAAAUGCCUUGGUGGAUCCGAUUCUUUCAGCAGCUUUGCCUGACAUGUCCACUCUUGAGACAUCUACCUAUGAGUCAUCUACUCUUGAAACAAUCAUACCUUCAACAUCCUCUCCUUCAACAAUCACCACUACAACACUCACCCCUUCAACAUCCUCUCCUACAACCGUCACCCCUUCAACAACCUAUCCUACAACCGUCACCCCUUCAACAACCUAUCCUACAACAGUCACCCCUUCAACAACCUAUCCUACAACAUCUACACCAAAACCAAAUCCUCCCCAUCCUUCUGAUAUGAAUUGGGUUGUGGUAGACGAAGAAACCAACAUAACAUGCAUAGUGGUGAAACUUUCAGCAACAAUCAUUAUUCCAUACAAAACAAUCAGUGGCAAUGUUGAAAAUGCUACAAUUGCCAUGCCUAGUAAUGCCACUUCCAAUGGCACAUGUAAUUUUGGUUUUUUGGAUGAUCUAAAUACCCAGGAAAUAUCCCUGCAGUGGAAUUCUGGCAAGAGUUCUAUCCCAAAUGUGUUAACAUAUGUGUUCCACAAAAACAUUUCUAGUGGAAAUGAAUCAGCUGCAGAGGAGCAAGUAUUUCUUUCAGACAUUAAGCUUUGGCUUUAUCAAGACUCAGUUAGUUUCCCAAAUGCAUCAGGAGAAUAUUUUUAUGCUGAACGUUUAAAUAGCAAUUUGCAUUCGGUAGCUGUCAACAAUUCUUAUAGGUGCAAUUCCCAGGAGAGUAUUGAACUCAAUGUUAAAGAGUCAGGUAAUUCGGCUACCAUACACAUGGCACACUUGCAAAUGGAGGCCUUUCGAACAUCGGUUAAUGAUAAGUUUAGUACUGCUAUUGAUUGUCCUGCUGAUAAAGUUGUUACAUCAGAUAUUGUCCCUAUUGCUGUGGGGUGUGCCUUGGCUGCGCUCGUUGUAGUUGUCCUUGUUGCGUACCUCAUUGGUAGAAGGCGUGCUCGUCAAAGAGGUUAUCAAAGUGUUUGAAGAACGGAAAAACCGCAGCAAAUGGAUUACACGGGGAAUGGUAUGUUUGCUGUAUUGGGAUGGGGUAUUGCUGUGUUAUUAAAAGUUUGUCAGAAUUCCGUGAAUUGGUUGGAAAGUUGAAACUCUCGAUUUUAUAUUUGCUAGUGUAGCUCUGGCUUAAAUUUUUUAUACUGUUUGAAUUCUGGCAUGUCUGUGGUAAACUGAUGACGGAAAUAUAGAUGGAAAGUGAAGUAAAA